AACAUGGCAAUGAACAAUAUGAGUCAAUUUUCUACUGGAGAAAACGGACAUGGUGUUGGUGAUGGUACAAAAGUUGUACGCGAACCUGGUAUUGCCCCUUUCAUAACAAAGACAUAUGAUAUGGUGGAGGAUCCGAAUACGAACUCUAUAAUCUGUUGGAGUCCAUCUGGUACUAGUUUCAUUAUUUGGGAUCAUAAUAGAUUUAGUUUCGAACUUUUACCAAAAUAUUUCAAGCAUACUAAUAUGUCAAGUUUCGUUUAUCAGCUCAAUAACUAUGGAUUCAAGAAGAUUGGACUUCAGAAAUGGGAGUACGGACAUUAUUGGUUUCAACCGGGGAAAAAACACUUGUUGUGUAACAUAAAGAGGCGAACCAAAAAUUUGAAUACUCAGAGAGAUUUUAAUCAAGAAACUUAUUUUUACGGGGUAGAGGAAGAGAUGAGGAGUCAGAGAGAUCUCAACGUUACGUUAAAGUCAGAAUUCAAGAAGCUGAAGGAAAGACAAGACGAUAUGGUUAAUGGAAUCGCGUCUUUGAAGGAAUAUUUGGAGAAAUCAGAGGCAGAGUCGAGGAAAUUCCUCUGUUUCCUGGCAAAAGCAGUUAAACAAGUUGUUGCAACCAAACGUGAUGUGGAAGUUAGAGAUGUAGUUACGAGUAAAUGUAGAGCAGAGGAUGUAACGGGGAGUAGCAAAAACUUGGGGAAGAAGAAGAUGAUUGAUUUUUCAGUGAUUAAACGAGUACAGGAUAUCGUGCAGAAGCCUAAGUUUGAGGGAGGAAGUGUAUGAUCUCCAUGGAAAAGGGAGAAGAAUUGAAGACAGAAGAAUGCAGCUAUAACAUAUAUUGCCUUUCUUAAGAGUCACUUUUUUUUUCUUUUCUUUUUUUACUUUUGUUGUUUGGUUUUCCGCCGAUCCCACUUGUGGAAGUACACGAAUAUAUUUGUUGUU